AAUUGGAGCAUGCACUGUAACCCAGUGGGCCUGAGCGCAUCAGAUUACGCUUGUCGUCUCCGGCGAAUAAUGGCGGGCUGCUCACUCAGUUUACAGUCUCGGCUCUCAGUAAUCUCAAGCCGCAACCUUUGAUUUCGCCGGAGAAGUUCUUCAGGCGUUGAUGCUCUUGCAAUGGGGGACGCUACCACGGCGGUCUGCAACCUAGGGAUUCUGGACGCUCUCGGCGGCGACGCGGUUCAGGAAAUCCUCGAGAGCUAUGCCGGGUUCACCUCCGCCACCGAGUCUCUCCUCUCCGGAGCCGGCGACCUCUCGGUGGGUUCGGAGCUGGUGAGCUAUGUCCACCGCCUCUGCAAGCAUCAGCUCCACUCUCUCGUCCGGGAUCACUUCCUCAGCUCACUAGAGGAAGUUUUCGAGAGAAAUGGUGCAGCGAGGUUUUGGCAGCAUUUUGAAUCUUACAGGGACGUUUCCCUUCUUGAAGCUAAUCGAUCACAUAUUUAUGAGGAAGAGGUCCAGCAAGUAUUGUGCAAGGCUCUGGAAGAAAUAUCGCUGGAGAAACAGUACGAGGAGAGGUGUUUGUUCCUGCUGGUUGAUGCUUUACAGACGUUCGAGGACCAAGUUUUACCGAGAAAAUGUGGCUUUGUGACUGAAAAAGAAUUGCUCCUUUCUAAAUACCAAUUAAUGGUUUCUUCAGUUCUAAUGGCUACUCUUCCCAGUCAUUUUCCUGAGAUUCUCCGGUGGUAUUUCAAGGGGAGGUUAGAGGAGUUAAAUACAGUAAUGGCGGGAGAGUCCAAGGACUGUUAUGAUAAGGAUGACAUGGAUGUAGAUGAGAAAGACAAAAUGCCUCCGAAAAGUGGCGUGAUGGAUAUUGAUGGGGGUCAUCUUCAUGGAGAACGCUCAGACAGUAAGCUGGUGAAGAAUAUUGGGAAGGUUGUCCGUGAUCUUAGAGGUCUUGGCUUUACCUCUAUGGCUGAAGAUGCCUAUGCUUCUGCUAUAUUCUUGCUUCUGAAGGCAAAAGUACAUGAUCUGGCAGGUGAUGACUUUAGGACUUCUGUUUUAGAGUCCAUAAAAGGCUGGAUACAGGCCGUGCCUCUUCAGUUUUUGCAUGCACUUCUUUCUUAUCUCGGCGAUUCCUUUAACUAUGAUAGUCCUUCAUCUGGUCUCAAAUCACCCCUGGCUUCACGACCACCUUCUUAUCCCGGAAUUGAUGCUCCCUCGGAAGCCCUUGUUAGGUGGAAGCUGCGACUAGAAUACUUCGCUUAUGAAACCUUGCAAGACUUAAGGAUAGCAAAACUAUUCGAGAUUAUUGUGGAUUAUCCAGAGAGCACUCCUGCAAUUGAGGACUUGAAGCAAUGUCUCGAAUAUACUGGACAACACUCUAAACUGGUCGAGUCAUUUAUUUCCGCACUUCGAUAUCGGCUACUUACAGCCGGCGCCUCAACUAAUGAUAUAUUGCAUCAGUAUGUCUCCACUAUUAAAGCACUUAGGACAAUUGACACAGCAGGAGUAUUUCUAGAGGCAGUUGGUGAACCAAUUAGGGAGUACCUAAGGGGAAGGAAAGAUACGAUAAAAUGCAUUGUCACCAUGCUUACUGAUGGGACUGGUGGAAAUUCAAAUGGAACUGGAAAUGCCGGUGAUAGCCUUCUUGAAGAAUUGAACCGGGAAGAAGAAAACCAGGAGAAUAGUGCUUUGGAGGAUGGAUUUAAUACUGAUGACAAGCAAGCAUGGAUAACUGCUGCAAGCUGGGAACCUGAUCCUGUAGAGGCUGACCCAUUAAAGGGUAGCAGGAAUCAUAGGAAGGUGGAUAUACUGGGGAUGAUUGUUGGCAUUAUAGGAUCAAAAGACCAACUUGUUAAUGAAUAUCGUGUAAUGCUGGCUGAAAAGCUGCUCAAUAAAUCUGAUUAUGAUAUUGAGUCGGAGAUACGCACUUUAGAGCUUCUCAAGAUCCAUUUUGGAGAGAGUAGCAUGCAGAAAUGUGAAAUCAUGCUGAAUGAUCUUAUUGAUUCUAAGAGAACAAACAGCAAUAUAAAGGCAACUAUAGGCCAGGCAUCUCAAACCAGUACUGUGUCAGAAGAUUCUGGGAUAUCUUUGGAUAUCCUGGAUGCUACGAUUAUAUCUUCCAAUUUCUGGCCUCCAAUCCAGGAGGAGGCACUCAACUUACCUGGGCCCGUUGAUCAGUUGCUUUCUGAUUAUUCGAGACGAUAUACUGAAAUCAGGACUCCUCGCAAGCUACUGUGGAAGAAGAAUCUUGGUACAGUGAAGUUGGAGCUGCAAUUCGAAGAUAGGGAGGUUCAGUUUAUGGUAGCUCCUGUGCAUGCAGCAAUCAUCAUGCAAUUUCAAGAUCAAACAAGUUGGACCUCGAAGAAACUUGCGGCUGUUAUCGGGUUACCAGUCGAUGUGGUCAAUCGGAAAAUAAAUUUCUGGAUAAGCAAGGGAAUUAUUGCAGAAACCAUGGACCCAGAAUCUGAUGACCACAUGUUUACACUAGUUGAAAACACAUCUGAUGUUAAUAAGAACAGUGGUGAUGGUGGAAGCUGCGAGGAGCUUCUAGCUGGGGACGAGGAAGGAGAGGGGCCUGUGGCCUCUGUGGAGGAUCAACUUCGCAAGGAAAUGACUAUAUAUGAGAAAUUCAUCAUGGGCAUGCUCACAAACUUCGGCAGCAUGGCUUUGGAUAGAAUUCACAAUACUCUCAAGAUGUUUUGUGUGGCCGAUCCUACUUAUGAUAAAUCGCUUCAACAAUUGCAAAGUUUCCUAUCUGGCCUGGUCUCUGAAGAAAAGCUGGAAGUUAGAGAUGGGAUGUACUCUCUCAAGAAGUGAAGCUAGCAAUUUGAGAACUGAACCAGUAAGAUCCCUUGCACUGGAUAGUCGAUGAAAGGGAACCCCUUACAAAAUCCUUGAGAUCGUAGAAAAGGGACAAACCGAAGAAGUAUGAGAACUGCUUAUCAGAAUAUUUGCAUUGAUACGGGGUAUGCAGGCAAUGGUUAAAUUCAGCUGUUCUAUGUGGGUCAUCCUCCGGUAGCAUGAAAAGUGAUGAGAAAUAUCUUCAGAGAAAGGGACUGCUGCUCCAGUGGCUACAAUUUGCUGGCUUGAGUCAAAGGAUGAGCCCUCUUAGACCCCGGCAUAUAUGUCUCUCCGCUUCUAUUUAUUGCUAAUUAAGUUCAGCAAAUUCCGGGUUUUAUUUAUCUUAGGUUUCUUAUGUAAAUACGUUGAAUUCUGUGUAAACGGGAGGUGGUCGAUACUAUUGUUUUUCACUUGGGAUGUAAGGUGGGUUCCGCACAGAUGGGACUCAACGUCUAUACACACUGACCGGAAGGGAACCGUAAGAGAUGUCUUUAAAACCAUGGUAAGUUUCAUAUCAUUAGGGAUUAUGAACUUUGCAAUGAUUAUAACAUCGUCAGAUUGCUCUCAA